CCUUUAGAUAGAUAGAGAGGAAAAAAAAAAAAACCCUGUGAAACAAGUAGCAUUUUUCACUCUUGUGCCUCUAUCUCUGACAUGAAAGAUUUUUUUUUUAAGUUUUGUAAAAAUUACCAUAAAAAUAUUUAGGCCUUAAGUAUUAUGUCAUUCAUGUUUUGUCCUGUCCUUUAAAGAGAGGUUUCAGAAUGUACAUAGAAAUGUGUUUUCAUUAUUUAUGCAUGUGACUUAAUACACAAGCAACUACGUAUGUGCAUGUGCAAUUGUAACUCAGGAAGUGUAAUCAGUUACAAAAAUAAAGACAGAACAAGUGCUAUAGUUACAACGAAAAGGCAAGAGGUGCAUCAUAGAAAACUUUUUAAAAAAACCCAUAAAUCUUACAUCUAGACCAGCGGUUCUCAACCUUUUACUUGUGACGUCCCCCUGACGAACAAAGACGAGAAAUAUGGAAGACGAAGGAGGUAUUCCACAACUGAAUCAGGAAGAGCUGGAUGAACUGGCAGCCACACUUGAUAUACAAUAUGCAAUAUUAGACAAUCUGACAGGUGGGCACGAUACCUACACCGCUGCUAUCACAAUAGCCAACAAAGGGGAAACACAGUUGCAGUUUGGAAACUGGGCAAUUUAUUUCUCACACAUUCGCAUGAUAGAACCUGAGCAUCUUCCAUGCAAAGGUGGUGUCAAUCUACCAGGUGGACUUAACCUUUGCCAUAUCAAUGGCUGCUUGUUUCAACUCAAGCCCACACCGUUAUUUUUACCUGUGAGAAAGGGGGAAUCCAUAAUCAUUCCCAUUAAAGGACAGUAUUACUCAGUUUCUCGCACUGACAUUUUUCCAAACUGGUACAUUGCUGCUGAUGGUUUAACUCCAAAAGUGAUUGCUUGCACAGCUAAUGAAACCUUGGAUUUUGUAGCUGCAUUUGACAAACCUUGGAAAUGGAAGCGAUUUGACUAUAUUGCAGCAAAUGGCAAAGCACGUUAUGAUUUCUAUGAUCCAUAUUCACCAGACAUAAGGUUCAAGAAGAAUGAUACAGAAGAUUUGGGAAAAGCAGGCAAGCUGGUUUUACCAACACCAGCAAGGAUAUGCAUGACUGAUUCUGAUUCUCCUAAAGAACUUCAGUUUGAUGCAAGAAAAUGGCUUAUUUACAGCGACAUGCUUUUUCAGAAAGAAGCUUCAUACCUUGCAGGUAAGAUAGGAGCAUCAGCUGUCACAACGAACACAUCAGAGCCAUCAACGUGUUCUGUUAUCCUUACUCAAGGAGAUAUAUCAGUAAAUGUUCAUGACAAACACCUGCACAACACUGAAGCAUAUCACCUCCAAGUGGAUGGUCAGAAACAGCAGGUUCAUAUUUCGGCUCGUACAAGUUCCGGCAUUUUCUGGGGCAUUCAGACCCUCUUGAGCAUGACAACCAAUGGAACUUUGCCAGUGGUUUCCAUCCAGGAUGCACCAAGGUUGAGCCAUCGGGGAAAUCAUGUUGAUGUUGCUCGCAAUUUCCACUGCAAAGAAACCAUCAUGCGCCUUCUUGAGGUGAUGGCAUCUUAUAAGCUGAAUGUUUUGCAUCUUCACCUGACAGAUGAUGAAGGUUGGAGAAUACAGAUUCCUGGACUGGAGGAACUUACAGAACACAGCAGCAAGCGGAGCCAUGAUCUCAUGGAGGAGAGCUCCUUGCUUCCCCUUCUAGGGUCAGGUCCAACAGCUUGCCCCCCAGGUUCUGGUUAUUUCACUGUACAGGACUACCAAGAGAUUCUGAUGUUUGCUGCAGAGCGUCACAUUGAAGUCAUUCCAGAGAUUGAUAUGCCAGGUCACUGCCAUGCUGCGAUUCGAGCAAUGCAGGCACGCUAUGCUCGGCUCAAAGCAGCUGGAGAUGAUGUAGCUGCAGAAGAGUAUCUUCUUUCAGACAGGCUGGCUUCUGUUCAUACAGUGCAGUCUGUCCAGAUGUUUAGUGAAAAUUCUCUCAACCCUGGCCUACCGUCCACCUUUCAAUUCAUUCGCAAGGUCAUGCAAGAAAUCCAAGCUUUGCACAAGGAUAUCCAACCCCUGCGUGUUUUCCAUUUAGGUGGGGAUGAAGUUCCUUAUCAAGCAUGGGAGGAAUCACCAGCCUGCAGGUGGCUUAUUGAAACUGGUGAGGUGGCAUCCUUCAAAGACCUUAUGACGUAUUUUGUUUUGAAGGUAGCAGAGAUUGCCAAAGAUCUGUGCUUGUCUGUCAGUGCCUGGCAGGAUGGAAUAGUUUACCAGUGCCAUCCUUUCCCACGCAGUGACUUUCCAAAUAAGGAGGUGUUUGUCUGUGCAUGGAAGAAUGUGUGGGAGACUGGAAGGGCCGGAGAUAUUUUCAAGCUGGCUAAUGCAGCUUACAAGGUCAUCAUGACACCAGGUACUCACAUGUACUUUGAUCACCCUCAAGAACCGGAUCCUGAAGAGCGAGGUCUCUACUGGGCAUGUCGCUACACGGACACACGCAAAGUGUUUGAGUUUGCACCCCAGAAUCUGUUUUCCAAUGCAGACGUCAGACUGACAGGGGAACCUAUCACCUCAGAAGAUUUAAAAGAAAUGUUAUUUGAUCCAGACUUUGAGCCACUGGAAAAACCAGGAAACAUAGUAGGUCUUCAAGGCCAAUUAUGGACAGAGGUGAUACGCACUGCUGAGCAGUUUGACAACAUGGUAUACCCACGCCUGCUGGCUUUGGCAGAGAGAGCCUGGCAUGAAGCCGAGUGGGAGCACCUGUCUCGAGACAACGGACAGCGCAAGAAGGAGCAGGAGGAGGACUGGAGGGAUUUUAGCAACACGCUUGGCUACAAGGAGCUAGGGCGGCUGGAUGCAUGUAGCGUCAAGUACUAUUUGCCUCCCCCAGGAGGAAGGUGUGUCUUUUGCAGACUUUCACAAAAAGGACUGCUAGAGUUGAACUGUCAGAUCCCAGGACUGCCAAUAAUGUACUGUUUCAAUUUAGAAGGAGAUCAAGAUUGGAAGACAUAUUUCAAACCUUUGGAUGUCAGUGGAAGUGAAAUGAUAUAUCUAAGAACAUGUUCUAAUGAUGGCAAGCGUGUUAGUCGUACCAUCAAGAUGAUGCUAGGAAAUAAGGAGUCAGAAUCAAAGUGACUCCUGGACAGUCAAGAGAGAGGACUUAAUGUUUGUAACAGUGGCUUCUUUGUUGCCCUAUAUGAGCAUGCAUACAUGGUGGUCCCACAUACAGAUGUAUACUCUUAUCACCUCAACACAUAGAUCUGCAUGACAUUAAACUAUCAUCACACAACACAGUAAUUGUUAAAAUUCUUUUAAGUAAAGAUCCUGUAAGUCUACCGAUGACUUGCCUGCAGCUGCUUUAUCAUGUUACAGCUUUGUGGUAUUUGAUUAAUUACUUGUUAUAACUGAUUUUUCUUAUUUGUUUAUUGCUCGUGGCUGUGCUUAUCAUGGUUAGGGUCUUGGUCAGAAUUCCACAGUGAACUUGUUUGCUUUAUUUAGAGCCAUGAGCUUCAAAUACAGCUUCUAAAAUAAAUAGUGCUGUUGCUUUAUAUUUGUGAUAAAGGCAUGUAAAUAAAAAUAAUGCAAUUUCUGUAAUUGGACUGAUUGGCUUUACAAUAGCAUAUAUAUAUAUUAUGAAGAUAUGAUGGUUUUGCAGAGUAAUUAGGUUACAAAAUUACAGUAAGUUUGAGACUGUUGCUGACAUUACUUUUAUUUUAAAUUUAUCAAGAAUGCAAGAGAUCAAACUAAAUUACUAAUUGAUGUUUAUGAAUUCACAUCUGACAACAAAAUCACAUUAAUAAAAGAAUGGUGUUUGUAACAACAAUACCCAUGUGUAUUAGUUCUUUUAUAAAUCUGUGCUUGAAUGAACCAGAGAAUUUAUAAAUUUGUAGUUUGACUUUAUUUAAAAAUAAUGGCAUGGCUAUCAACUGUACAAGAAUCCAAAACAUUUGUAAUCACAUAAAACUCUUACCUUGGAAACGAUCACCAUUAGAUAUGACAAUUAAAAAAAGGGCUAGAAUACGCAGCUCUCUGAUCAAAUAAAGUUCUUUCUUCCUUUAUGUGUGCGCGAGGGAAGGAGAAUAUGUGUUGCAUCAAUUUAAAAGAAAACAACAAAAAUACAAAAA